GUCACUUCUUGUGUCAUGGCGCUGCAGUGCGAGCUGUGAGUGCCUUGCUAAGAGGACCAAACUGAUUAGACCGCCUUUCUCUGUAACUUCUGCUGGCUGAGAGCUGCAUCGGAAGGAUCCUGGGAGACCCUCAAGCUACGCAAUGGAGGCAGUGACCUUGGAGGAUGUUGCUGUGAACUUCACCAUGGAGGAGUGGGCUUUGCUGAAUCCAUCCCAAAAGAAGCUCUACAAAGAUGUAAUGUGGGAAACAUGUAUGAAUAUUACUGCUAUAGGAAAGACCUGGGACAAUCAGCAAAUUGAAGAAGAAUACAAAAAUUGCUCAAGAAAUCUAAGCAAUGAAGAGGUAGCCAGAUGGUGUCAGUACAAACCUUGGAGUCAACAUGUAAACCUGUUCCUUCGGGCUCCAGAUGCUCAUGUAGACAUGCAGCAAGCUGUUGUAAAUCAAGCUGAAAACUUUGCUUGUAGAAAGCCCCUGAUUGGGCAUUUAUCACUAAAUGUGUCUAUUUUACCUCACAUUGGCCUGAAGCCAGAUGAGUAUUUGGGAUUUGAUGUUAAGCCUUAUCAAUAUAAGCAACAUGGGAAAAUCUUCUCUGAACAUAGUGAAAAAACUCACCUUGGAGAGGAGACCAUUGUAGGUGAGAAAAGUGUGAAAGCCUCCAUAACUCCCAGUAGUGUUGAAAUUUAUGAAAUUAUUCACACUGGGAAGAAACCACAUGUAAGUAAACAAUGUGGGAAAACUUUCAAAACUCAAAGUUGUUAUAAAAUUCAUGAAAGAUUUUACAUUGAGCAGAAACGCUAUGUAUGUAACCAGUGUGGAAAAGAGUUUGUUGGUAAGUCUGCAUUUUGUAGACAUAAUAGAACCCACACUGGUGAGAAACCAUAUGUAUGUAAGCAAUGUGGGAAAGCGUUCACUUCAAACCAAAGUUGUCAAACUCAUGAAAGAACUCACACUGGGGAGAAACCUUAUAUAUGCAAGGAAUGUGGGAAAGCAUUCACUACACACCAAUACUGUCAAAGACAUGAAAGAACUCACACUGGGGAGAAACCUUAUGUGUGCAAGGAAUGUGGAAAGACAUUCGCUUCACACCAAUACUGUCAAAUACAUGAAAGAAAUCACAGUGGGGAGAAACCUUACGUAUGCAAGCAAUGUGGGAAGGCGUUCACUAUGCAAAUUCAUUAUAAAAUACAUGAAAGAAUUCACACUGGGGAGAAACCUUAUGUGUGCAAGCAAUGUGGUAAAGCAUUCACUACACACAAAUAUUGUCAAAGACAUGAAAGGACUCACAGUGGGGAGAAACCUUAUGUGUGCAAGCAGUGUGGAAAAGCAUUCACUUCAAAGAAUACUUACAAUGUACAUGAAAGAAUUCACACUGGGGAGAAACCUUAUGUCUGUAGACAAUGUGGGAAAGGAUUCACUACAUACAGUGGGCAUCAAAGCCAUGAAAGAACUCAUACUGGGGAGAAACCUCAUGUCUGUAAACAAUGUGGGAAAGGAUUCACUACACUCAAAUAUUGUCAAAUACAUGAAAGAACUCACACUGGGGAGAAACCUUAUGUGUGCAAGGAAUGUGGAAAAGCAUUCAUGAGAAAGAGUUCUUAUAAAAUACAUGAAAGAACUCACACUUGGGAAAACCCUUAUGUGUGCAAAGAAUGUGGAAAAGCAUUCACUACAAAGAGUUCGUAUAACAUACACCAAAGAACUCACACUGGGCAGAAACUUUUUGCAUGCACAUAUUGUGAGAAGGCAUUCAUUACAUACAGAGACUAUCAAAGACAUGAAAGAACUCACACAGGGGAGAAACCUUAUGUGUGCAAGCAAUGUGGGAAGGCAUUCAGUACUCAUGAAUAUUGUCAAAUACAUGAAAGAACUCACACUGGGGAGAAACCUUAUGUGUGCAAGCAGUGUGGAAAAGCACUUAGUACAAAGAGUUCUUACAAUAUACAUGAAAGAAUUCACACUGGGGAAAAACCUUAUGUAUGCAAGGAAUGUGGAAAAGCAUUCACUAGAAAGAGUUCUUAUAACAUACAUGAAAGAAUUCACACUGGGGAGAAGCCUUAUGUGUGCAAAGAAUGUGGAAAAGCAUUCACUACAAAGAGGUCUCAUAAUGUACAUGAAAAAGGUCAUUCAGGGGAGAAAUCUUAUGUGUGCAAGCAAUGUGGAAAAACAUUUACUAUGAAGAGUUAUAAUAUACAUGAAAAAAGUAACACAGGGGAGGAACCUUACAUUUGCAAUCAAUGUAAAGAAUGUGUAGGCAUUCUGUACACAACAUGGUUGUCAAAGACAUGAAAAAACUCACUGGGGUGAAAACUUAUGUGUAUAAAUAAUGUUGGAAGGCAUUCACCACACACAAAUAUUGCAAAUACAUGAAAGAGCUCACGCAGGUUAGAAUCCCUAUGCAUGUGAGUCAUGUGGAAAAAGAUUUGUUAGUAAGUCCUCAUUUUAUAUACAUAGAUCUCACACUUAGGAGGAUCCCUUUAUAUAUAAGCAAUGUGAGGAAAGCAUUCAAUGAACACAGAAUCAACUACAUGAAAGAGGUUACACUGGGGAGAAACUCUAUAUAUGUAGGCCUGUUUUGGAAAUCUUGUGAAAAUUAUUCAUAUAGUGGAGACCUGUACAAAUUAAAUGAAAAAGUCAGUGUCAUCAUUUCUUCAUAAAUUUUCCAGAAAAUACACCACCAGAUGGAGAUAUCCUAGAAUAUAUUCCUUUUGUGUUUUUCAGUAAGUCACUUGUAAAUAUCUAAACUAUGUAUCUAUAGUCUUUACUAUAAAAAAUAUUGACAUAAUAUAUUUUUGUGUAAGCCAUUUCUUUGAACUUAAUAUGCAGUAUCUUCUAAUUAAAUAAGGGGUAUUGAAAUGUAUUUCCCACUUCCAAGUAGGGUAUUUAUAUGGUUUUUAUUUUGUUUUUACUAUUCAGAAGUAUAGGCCAUUAAAAAAUAAAUUUUGUUUUUUUAUUGAUGGGAUUUCCUACUAGCUUUGAAAAAUUUUUGUAGUGUAUGUACUUCACAUUCUUUGCAAAAAAUUUUUUGAGUGUUUAAGUUAUAUAUAUUUAUGUACACCUAUUUAGAGAUAUGUGAACAUGAUUUUUUGAAAAACUGAAUUGUUUUAACACAACUUGUAGAUUAGCAAAUGUUUGGUUUUAUAAUGUUAAUAGGAUAAUAGGAUAUCUGGAUAUUUCCCAACAUAAUUAAAUUAUAUCAAGUAUAUAGUUUUGUCUAUUUUGUUUUCAAGCCAUUGUCAGUAUUAUGAUUUACAUAAAAUUUUUCUUUCCAUCAUCAUUUGACUUUUCAUGCUUAUAUUGUUAUGACUGCAAUGGUGGUAAUUUUACCACCACUUAUGCCAAAAACUAAACCAUACUGCUGUUUUUGAUUGUGUGAAAUCAGAUGGACCAUGACUUGUCUGUAAAAGUAUAUCCUGAAUUGCAGUAAUGUAUCCAUCAGUGUUUACUAGAGAAACAAGCUUAAUGUGAGACAUGUGUAAGAAUGUAUACUAUUGACUUACAAGGGCUUCCCACACAGUCAAGUGUGGAAGAGGGCAAAGGGUCUGUCUUUGCACUGGAUAGCCAAAAACUCCAGUUGAAGGCCUGGAGCCCACUAUAGUCGCCCAUGCAAGUCUGUAUCAGAUCAAAGGUCUAUGCCAGAAGACUGAGUGGUUUGAGCUAGGGGCUGAAGAGUCUGCCCUGGAAGGCUAAAGAGUCUGUGCUGGAAGUCAGGAGAUUACUUCCAAGGUUAUGGUGAAUACUGGAGCUCUUGCAAAGAAACAGAAGCAAGCCUUCCUCUCUCAUUUCUUUUUUAUAACAUUCUGGCCACCACCCUCCCUAGAGUGGGUCCUCCACACACAUAAUUUUGCUGGACAAGUUUAGUUGGGCAUGUAGUACUCUAGUUGACACAAUCAGUUAUCUAUCACAAUCCACCUCUUGACAAUUUCACAACCAUACACGAUUCUUUAAACCAUAGACUCCAGCUGCAAAAACAAGCUCAAAUAUGCCUAACAUGUUAUAACUGUCCUAAAUACAAAUGGAAACACAUUAAGUCCCUCUCCAGAAAACAAGGGAAGUUUUCUUUGGGUGAUGCUUCUAACAUUUGAUAACUUGAACAAUAUAGCAUAAGAUUAACAAGGCUUAACCAAUAUUAAGGCUAUAAACAUAUAACAUUGGAAGCAUAUUAGGAAAGAACUAUUACAAUUACAAUCUUUGUUUCUGUAGCUGAUCAUAGGAUCAUUGCUGUAAUUUAGAUCUACUUUGUACUACCCAUUCAGUAUUUGCUUGACCUUCAGCAAGAACCUCAGCUCAUCUUGGUUCUUCCUUGGUAUUGGACCCAUACCUCCAUUCUUAAAAGUGCUGAUCAUUUAACAUUCUGCCUGUAUUGGAUUGUUAUAGGUUUUCCUUUGACUAGUAACAAAGCAUACUUAUAGUAGGAGGUUCACCAAGGGGUCUGCUGCACUCAAAGUAUAUUUUUCCUCUCCUCAAUUGUGGAGUAAUAAUCUGAUUUUACAUUGACAGUCUGGAUUAAUCACCCCUAUCAACACUGCAACUUCCUUUUCAACUUGAUUCCUCAGAGUCACAAGGAGACCAAAAUGACCAGGAAGAAGUUUUUGUUUCAAGUUUAGUGGUGUCCUUGUUGUGCUUCCUGGUACAAGUCUCCCCACCACACACAGGAACCAAGACUUCUAAGUGAGCAGAGCAUAACGCCAUGAGACUUGGGUGCAAAAUUUUGCUAGUAAAUCACUUUGGUAAAGUUGAGUGGUACCACUCUUAUUUCCACCCCUUCUUACCUGAAUCUAUGAAUCCUGGCUGUGGGAAACAUAGUACCAAAUAGUAGACGCUGAUUCAAAACAUGUGCAGCCUUCUGAAGAAUCUUGACCUAGACAUGAAAGCUUUUGCCACCUAACUGGUGCUGCAGUUGUGUCUUCAAAAGGCCAUUCCACCUUUCCAUCAAUCCAGCUCCUUCUAGGUUUUGAUGAACAUUGCAAGACCAGUGAAUCCCAUGAGCAGAAGCCCACCUCCUCACUUCUUUGGCCAUCUCAUGAGUUCUUUGGUGUGAGAUCCAAUGCUGUUUGGAAUUCUAUGAUAAUUAAUAAAGCAUUUUAAUCCAUGGGUAGGAGUGUUGGAAGAAGCAAUACAGGCAAGAAAGGGAAAUUCAUAUCCAGAAUGAGUAUGCCAGUAAACCCAAAGAACACUCCCUUCCAUGAUGGAAGGGGUUUAAUCUGAUUAACCUGCCACUAGAUCAAAGGCUGAUCUUACCAAAGGAUGGGGGCAAACUGGAGAAAGAGUGGUGGUCACUGCUGGUGACCUAGUUAGCAGUUAGCAAUGGUUGUAGCCACAUCUGGCUUGGUGAGUGGGAGUCCAUGUUGCUGAGCAUGCAAACCCUCCAACCCUUUCAAUAUGACUACUCUGUUCAUGGGACAACUGGGCAAUUACAAGAGUAGCUAAAGGGAGUUGAGAGCUAUCUAUAAGUCAGGUCAUCUUAUCCUCUUUAUUGUUAAUUUCCUCUUCUCCAGAGGUCUGUUUUUGGUGAGUUUCUUCAUGGGAUAAAACUAUUUUUAAAUCCUUUGCCCAUAUAGAUAGGUCUAUCCACAUACCACAUCCCCAGAGAUCUUUGUCAUCAAUUAUCCAGUUAUGUUCCUGCACGCUCCUGACAUCCGAAGAGACAAUUGGCUACAGUCCAUGAAUCAGUAUACAGUUGCAUAUCUGGUCAUUAUUCCUACCAGGCAAAAUGUAUUCCCAGGUGCCUUGCCCAAAGUUCUGUCUACUGGGAAGAUUUUCCUUCACCACUGUCAAUAAGGGACGUCUUGGUAAGGAGUUGUAAUACUGCAGCUGUCCUCUUUCAGGGGAUGCUUGCAUAACAUGCAGAGCCAUCAGGAAACAGUUACUGGCCUUUUUCUCUCUAAUAGUUGUUCAUAUGGUAUGACUCAUGAGGCCUUAGGUACAUGUUGGGAAAUAUAAUAUGAUUAUGCAGGAGUAAGAACCAUCUACAUGUGUGAAACUUCUUCAUGUAACUUACUUGUACCCUCUGGACCUGCUCUGUCUCAAUCGUGUGCAUAUUAUUUCAAUUUAAUGCCUCACUGUGGCUAUGCAGAUCACGUGAUUACUUGGUGGACCUGAUAACACUCAGCUCAUGAUAGGCACCUUAGGUUACAUGAUAACCUGGUGUCCCAUGGUCAAGUAUUCAGUUUCUACUAUUGCCUAGUAGCAGGCCAAGAGCUGUUUUCCAAAAACAGAGUAAUUGCAGAUAGUGGUAGAGUCUUCCUCCAAAAUCCUAAAGGUCCCUAUAGGAAUUUACAUAUGAAGGCCAGCCAGAGAAUACAGUUAGCAUCCCUACCUGCUAGUGACACUUGAAAUACCAUUGGAUCUGCUGGAUCAUAUGACCCCAGUAGUAGAGCAGCCUGGACCUGUUACAGAGCCUUUUCUUAUUCAGGGCCUGACUUAAAAUUAGCAGCAUUUUGACUUACUCAGUAAAUGUGCCAUAGUAAAACACAUUAGUGAAGAAUGUAUUACCUCCAAUUUCCAAACAGGCCAACUGGGCAUUGUACCUCUUUUCUGGUCCUAAGGGGAGCCAGAUCAACAAUGUAUCUUUUACGUCAAAAGGGUAUCUCUACAUACCCCACACCACUGGACUCCAGAAAUUUCACUGAGGUAGAAGGACCUGCCAUUUUAGUAUGAUCUGUUUCUCAUCCUUUGUCUAUGAAAUCCUUUCCUGCUAAAUCCAAAGUGGUUGCUACCUCCUGCUCACUUGGUCCAGUUGUCAUAAUAUUAUCAAUGUAAUGAACCAUGUGAUGCCUUCUGGAGGAGAAUGGCUAUCAAGAUCCCUGAAAAGUAAGUUGUGACACACUGCCGGAACAUUAACAACCCUAAAGUAAGAUAGUAAAAGUGUAUUGCUGGCUUUGCCCACUGAACACAAAUUGUUUGUGAUGGGCCUUAUAGAUAAGUGUUGAGAAGGAAGGCAUUUUCCAAAGCCUUGUACCAAGUACCAGGAGAUGUGUUAAUCUCCUCAAGCAAAGACACCACAUCCAGUACAGCAGCUUCAACUGGAGUCACAACUUGAUUCAGUUUAUGGUAUGUACCAUCAUUCUCCUAGAUCCAUUCAUCUGUGUACAGGCCAAAUUGGAAAAUUAAAUGGAGAUGUAGUGGGGACUACCACCUCUGCACCGUUCAACUUAUUGAUAGUGGCAAUAAUCUCUGCAAUCUCUCUAGGAAAGCGAGGUUUUUAAAAUUUACUAUUUUGUUCAACAAAGCCAACUCCAAUGACUUCUGUUUGGUCUUUCCAAGAAUAUUAGCCCUCAUGCUAUGCUUUAAGGAACCAAUGUUAGGGUUCUGCCACAUACUAACUAUAUCUAACCCAACUGGCAUUCUGUACCUGGGAAAGUAACUACAGAAUGAAAUUGAGAAUCUAAUGUAGCAACAGAGAGUUGAACCUUUGCUCAAACUUUUUCCAUUCAUGUAAACUCCAUGGCCCCUACUCUUACUGGAGGCCCACAGUGAUAACUUGCAUCUUUGGGAAUCAGAGUUAGCUCAGAACCAGUGUCCUAUAGUGUGCAAAAUGUCUGAUUAUUUUCCCUACCUCAGUGUACAGGUAUUCUGGUAAAAGGCCUUUGGUCUUUUUUGGAGAAGGAUGGCAGAAAGAUUAACCAUAUAAAUUUUAGAUGGUACACCGGGGUCAUUGCUCAACAGAACUUGGUCUUCCCUUUAUUUAAGGAGUUCUGUGUCUGUAAUCUAACUGAAACCCAGGAACUGCUUGAAGGGGCCAAUUCCCUGUCACUACAAUUUCAAGCAAAUUUUUAUUUCACUUGCUCCUAUAUUUUUCUGAUUUUGUAAGCCCAAUAGAAAAUUUUGUAGGCUUCCCCUCUAUUUCACUUUUGGGAACACCAUGAGUAAUAGGCAAACAUCAAACCUACAAUUGUCAGAACAUUCUGAUCCUUGUUCUGCUUCUGUUGUCUAUUUUGGUAGAUGUGUGAACUUUGCUUUUGCUGAUUACCUGACUGCUUGACUGCUGCUACUCUAAGAUUCAUUCAAAUCCAUUGCCAUUAAAUUUUCCAUUUAAACAUCUGCAAUCCCCACAAAAAGUUCUGGCAUAAAAAGAGCAUUGACAGGGCUCUUCAGGGAAGCUGGCACUCCUCUCAUGAAUCCCCCUCUCUGUUUCAGUGAAGGAUAUAUUUUCUGAACAUUCCAACAUGGCAGAUUACAGUUGACACUGAUGCAGAGUUCAGGACCAGGCCAAACAGAAGACAACAACAUCAGAGGAACUUUGGGAAGCAGCUUAUUAUACUAGUGGGCUGGGGAACACAGAGGUUCAACUCAGUAUCCCCAUUCUGAGAUUACCAAUUGCUUAUACAGGUUUUUAGGAGGUAGUACAUAAGGCAGAUAACACAACCUUCUACAGUUGGUUAUACAUGUCUUUGUAAUUAAUUGCUAGGCAGAAUUUACUCUUACAGGAACUAAUAAUGUCACUAUCGUAUAACAUGGGGGAAAAAUUCAAUCAUUGUCCGAAACUGGGCAGAUGUGUCCUUGAGGUGGUAACUCUCUGGAACUUGAAAGUAAGCAAAACAUCACUGUCUGGCUAAGCUGCACUUAUCUCGCAGCUGGCUGUGAGGGUGCCAUGGCUCAUGAAGCUUUGUAGCUCUCUGAUCAUGAGAACCAAAUGUGUUUCCCAGUCUCAUCCUUGAACAGUGUUAGAAAUAUGCAAGUGUUAGAAGUAUAGGAUUAAAAUGUUCAUUACAUUUAAAAUAAUCUCUACAACAUGACUUUCCAGAUCCUUUCCAGCAUUCCCUUUUCCCGAUGCCUCUGAAUCCCCUCAUCAUCAGUAAAGCAUAAAAUGCCAGACAUCUCUAACUCAUCCACACUGUGCCAUAUUUGGGUCCAUACUUCUGCCAACCAGUGAAAGAAACUAUUAAAAUCUUUCUUUACUCCAUGAGCUGCAACAUUGAAUUUAGAAUUACUGGUCUGCAGUACCAUAUCAGCAAAUCCAGCCCGAUCCAGGGGCGUGAUUUUGCCACCAUUAUCCAACACACAUAAAAUCCAUUCCCACAUUGCUCAUUAAGCCUCUACUUAUCAGAGUUACAAAACUCAAGAUCUUCUCUGGGAGAAUAGUGAAUUUCCCCAUCACACUGUGUACCUCACCUGUAGGAGUCUCUUGUGAUUUGAGCCUGGUGAUAGAGGCAAAUGUAGUGGUGACAGCGGUUCCUGAAUAGUGUCAGAAUCAUCAUCCUUGGUCAACACAGGAUUAGUUUCCUCAGGUAUACUAGCAGAAGCUAGCUUCACAGAAGUGCAAUUGGGUAAUCCACCACCACUGUGGGUGGGGAAAUCUCUUCCUCUUGCAAAACAAUCUUAUGACACUCCAGAUGUUCAACACCCUCAGCUGUAUUCGAAUCCUCCUAAAUGUCUCUAUCCCAGUUUACAGGAUCCCAGUUUUUUCUGAUCAGUGCCCUCACUUUACUUCAGAUACACUUUGAGGCUGAGCAUUAAUCUUACACUGCAUUUCAGCUUGUAAAGUUAUGAAGACCUGUUUAGGUUCUUUUUUUUCUUUUUUUCUUUUUUUUUCAAUCUUGGUCAAGUGCUUAAGAGAGAAGAUUCUCUUUCAGGACACACUUAGAAAAUUUUAAGGGUUUUCUUUUUUCUUUUGUACCAGGAAUUGAACUCAGGACCUUGCGCUUGCCAGGUAGGUGCUGUGCCUCUAAGCUAUCUUCCCAGCAAAAAUUUUUAAGUUUUUAUGUGUGUCUUGAGCUGGGAAUUUGAAACUUUGUGCUCCUUAUUUUCCUUUGUUAGUUUGUCCACAGAGUUAGAAGAAUUUGAUUGGCGGUAGGUGAGUUAAGCUCACUGUCUUCCUUCUUUAUUUAUGCAGAGAUGCUAAGAGUAACCAGGCAUUGUCACUGUAUUUCUCACUCUGCUAAAAACAUUUACAGUUUCAUAUAUGAAGUUGCUAAAUUCUUUACAUUUCAUAAGUGGUAAAUUAGGGCAAUCAAAUGGAUCUACAUCAUGUAUUACUUUAAGAGUUCACAACAAGGACUACCUGAAUUCACCACAGUAAUAGAAGGACAGACCAUCAUAGUAUCUUUCAAUCUCAUUAAAUUAGAGAGAAAACUCCAGAAACUCCUAAAGUUAUUAAAUGAUUCCAUCUUUUCAAUUCUGUUUUUCUAUAAUCACUCCCAGUGCCAAAAUCUGUACCAGUCAGUGCUUAGGAGGGACACAGAUUUAAUGUAAGUUACACAAAUAUAUUUAAAAGCUUGGAGCACAGUGGCCACUCACAAAAUCAGAUGUGGAAGAGUGCAAAAGGUUUGUCCAUGAACUGGAGAUCUGACACAUCCAGUUGAAUGCCUGGAGCCCACUGUAGUGUUUUGUGUUCUGACAAGUCCAUGUCAGGAGGCUGAAGAGUCUAUGCCAGAACGCUGAACUAUCUGUGCAGGAGGCUGGGGAGUCUGUGCUGAGAGCCAGGAGACAGCAUCCAAGGUGAAGGUGAAUACAGACAGCCCUCCAAAGGAAAAGAAGCAAGCUUUCCUUCCUUCUUCAUUUCUCUUUUAUACCACUGUAGCAACAAUAUUCUUUAUAAUUGAUCUUCUACAUGCAAAGCUAUGUGUUUUCAAUUUACUUGGGCAUUUCUUUCUCAAGUUUCCAUAGUUAACUAUUUUAAGUAAUAAAUCUCUCCCAAAAAAGUGCAAAUGAUGGUAUGAUUUAUCAGCAAAAACUUUGUCAAAGGAAUUUUUGUCCACAAUGGCAUUGUUUGGGGAGAAUGAUUGUUACUGGGUAUCGUGAGGCUAAUGCCUUUAUUCUAUUCCCUGAUACUGGCUAUGCAUUGCCUUUGGUAAUUAUUAUUGUUUUUACCAAGAAGGUGCAAUAAUGGCAUGAAAGAAAAUGAAAAGUCAAUUUAGUUAAAAGAGGAAAUAAAACUAAUAUAAGCUUCAGAUUGUGUUCUGUUUUACCAAUUUUAGAGAAAUUUACACAGUGUCUUAUUUCAUGAUCCUUAAGGAGCACUGUCUGAUGUUUGAGGAAUGUGACCUACAUUUUGAACACAUAGCCUUAUGUAAGCUGUGAGCAUGAGGCCAACUUGUUGUUCUUGACUUGUAUUUUGCCUUUCUUUUAAACAGUGAAAUAUUUUGUAAAAUAGUUUAUACAGUGUUCUUCAAUACAAAGGCUUCUCAAUUCCUGAGGUAUUUACAUUGCUAUAAAGUGUGGUAAUAUGAAAAUAUAAGUGAACAAUGAGCAUUUUCAAAUAGCAUGCAGUAUAGAAACUGUCCCUCUAGAGAGGAAAUGAAAGGAUCACUGAUGAGUUGGAAAAGUUGUCAGCUGAGACUCAGUGGGAUAAAGAAGAUGUAUGGGUGAAGUUUUUUUAAACACCAUGUUGCUUUGCUGGGCCUGCAUCAGGACCCUGCUGUGCUCAGUCAAGAGUUAUGAGGAGCCCCAGGGUGUGUGUGUCUUGCACAGUAGCAUGAGAGUUUUCAGAAAGCACCAAGUCCUUGAUCAGUUUCACUCACUAGAGACUGUAAUUUCACAGGAGCCUCACACGGCCCAGCUCAGAACUAGGCCUUGUGAAUGUGUGUGUGCUUCCCUAUGAUGUUUUGUUAAGCUCUAGAAGGGAAGAGAUUGAUGGCUCCAAAUGAAUGGAAAUGAUAAGGACAUUCAUAGUCAAUUAGCCAUUUUGAUCAGUGCAUACAGUGUGCGUGUGAUGAAAUCACAGUUAAUUCUGCUAAUAGGUAUAAUUGAUACAGUUUGAAAUAAAUGAUUGCAUAAUUACCGCUGCAUUCCCUAAUUUGUACCUUUGGAAACCAGAGGGCAGAUUGUGGAGUCCACAUUGUUGGGGUCUCACAGUGGAUAGGGACGGAGCUGGCCUCUGAUCUCCACCACUGCUUACCUCUGCGAUCUCAUGCAUAGUCCCAGACCUCAGAAUGGAAGCUGUCAGGUGUAUAGUUCAAGAGGACUUAGUUUCUAAGGCAGGAAUAAUGUCUCCAUCACUAGGGAGGCCUCUUCUGCAAACCACUGACAGUGCAUUAAUGGCCAGGGGUUAUGAAUGUUGUUGCUCUAAUGAGAUAGAAAAUAUGUCACUUAAACUACCAUCUACCAAUACUGAACAAAAACUGGACAUUUCAGAAAUAUGUAACUGAGUCCUUGAAGAUUGGUCUCUGGUCACAUGAAUCAGUGAGCACAGUGAUUUUACUAGCUUUCCUUUUCUAGUUCUGAGGAGGUUCAUGCUCAUUAAUGUCCUAUAAGCAAGGUGGGAGUCUACAAGCCUAGGGUGUUCAUGCAAAACCUCAUAUUUCUAUGGGAAAAUCAAGGAUUUCAUGCUGAGUUGUAUUUCAGUAAUGCUGGAAAUUGACAUCAUGUGAGCAAAACUGUCUACAUCAUGCUAAAAGUAAAGGGUAUGCUUCUAAUUGUGAACACAUUUCCUUUCAAAGAGACUCUUCAAAUGCACACUCCUAGUGCACUUCACAUGGAGAAAUGUAAAGCCACCACGAGUCACUCAAGAACUUUUAACUUAUGACAAAUCUUGUGUCAGAGUCAGUUUACUGUGAACUAAAUGGUAUUACAACAUUUUAUUGCUGCCACAGUAUUUUGCGAUAUCUAUAUUUCUAAAAUGAUCUUAGGAAAAUGGAAAGGGAUUUGAGUUGGAAUCCUUCAUGUGAGAUCAUAUGUACAUAUCUAUGUUUACCUGUAGCAUCUAUCAUGUUGCGUGAAUGCAUCUCUAUGUACUUAUGCCCACUACUAAACAAAUGCCUACUACUAUAUAUGAACUGUCCUGCUAAUCCCUGAGAGCUGAGGAGGGGUUACUAUAACCCCCAAUUUUUUCUUCAUGUGUGAAUCUAUCUAGCUUCGUGAAAGAUUUCCUGCCUUAUGCCUUUUCCCAGAAGAAGAGGACCCGGGUACUGGCACAGUGGACCCCAGUAAGAGCUCUGAGCUCUUUGAGGGCACAACCAGUGCCAUCCACCUAGAGGAACAACAGGGACCACCUCCCUCUCACUCAUGCUUUCCUAUACAAUGUACAUAUUUCAUGCAAAUACCUAAUUAGACAACCAAAUUAAAACACAGCAAGACUUUGAUUAAAUUUAGCUUCCCUAUCAAUCUUGAAGGUAGCUUCUGGAAUUAUUGGGCCUAAUCUGCAAGAACAUGAAACAAUCCUGGUUCCUCCUCUUCCUGGUGGUGGUUCCCAGAGGUGCAAAUUUCAGAGUUUCAGACGGGAAGACAUGGAAAAGCUAUAUCUGACCUAGGACUCACUGGUUUUCUGAUACAAGUGUCCUGUCCCCGCUUCAGCUGCAGGAGUCAGGGCCUGGCCUGCUGAACCCCUCACAGACCCUACCCCUCACCUGCUUCCCUCUAGUUAGUCCAUCACCAGUGGUUACUACUGGAGCUGGAUCCACCAGACUCAAGGGAAGAGGCUACAGUGGAUGGGGUGGAUUAGUAAUGUUGUAUACACAGCUUAUAAUCCAUCCUUGAAGAGCCGAAUCGGCAUCUCUAGAGACACGUUCAAGAACCGGUUCUCUCUGCAGCUUAAUUCUGUGACAACUGAGGAUACAGCUGUGUAUUACUAUGCAAGAGACACAGUGAAAAAACAUCAGUGGGAGGCGAGACACAAACCUCCAUGCAGGGACUCCCAGGACCAGCAGGGGGCGAUGGAAUUCCACUGAGCACCAGGAAGUGUCCCAGAAACAGGUGCAGAGAAGGAAGCUGGGGAGUGAGGAAUUUCUGUCAGCCUCUGAGCUGCUUCUCUGUGUGAACAUCAUAUGGCCUGCACUGACACUGUUGUAUAUCUACUACAGUUGAUUUAUGAAGGACCACUUACAAAGAAAAUACAUGGCAUUGUCUUUGUUAAAUUUUCAUUCAUAUAUGUAUGUGUUUAGUUGUUAACUUAUUUCUGUCCAUGCUUUGUCAUUUGAAUGUUUUUGAAAACCAAACCAAUCUUGCACCACUCAAAGCAGAUGGUGAAUUUUCCUCAGUCAGGUUAUCGUGGGAAAAAUUGAAUCAACAGUAGCCACGAGGUCAGGAAAAGAAAGGAAAUUCUAUUGAUGCUAGCGGACCCUGGAGAACUUAUCUCCAAAAUCUGAGGUGAGGUCUACAGAGAAUUUGUCUUUUGAUAGGUUGAUGAGCAGAAGUUACAAGUAUGAGAUAAGCUUCUACUUGAAGGUCACCUUGAAGUAGAAUGUGUAUCUUGUGGUGAGCACAGCUGUAGGAAGCAAAGUUGUUUUUAGCACAUUCACAGAAGUUUCAAUUUGAUGACAAAUCAUAUAAUUUAGCUGAGUUCAGUGGCAGAGAACAGAAUGACUGCAGCUUUAUUGAACAAAAUGGCUGCAGUUAAGUCAGGAUUUCUGCUUCAAGGUGACUUUGGAAUUUCAAGUCAUCAUCAACUAAAAUUUAAUUUAGCCAGAUGUUGUGGUUCACUCUCAUAAUGCCAGCACUCAGGAGGUGGAGGCAGGAGAACUGCUGCGAGUUCAAGGUCAUUUUGGUUUACACAGUAACCUCAAGACCAACCUAGAAAAAAUAGUGAGACCCUGUCACUAAACUGUGGUAAACACAUAAUUGGUAAACACAUAAAGGCUAAAAAUUACUGAGCUAUUGGGUGGAGGGAAAAAUGUCAGUUUGACCCAAGAAAGAGAAACUGUGCUUGAUUGUUAGUUUAGUUUGAAAACAACAUAUGCGUCUAAGAACAUUUUGAACUUUGCAACACCUGCUUGCAGGAACCGAUAGGUUCUGCUUUUCUGCCCUUGCAAAAAAGAAAUUGCUCACCCGUGCCAACCAGGAUGUGGUUUUCAAGCUUAAAAGCUCAAACUUUCUUCGGUUCAGAGCUGUUCAGCAUCUCCCUGCAUGGAGAACAGACUGACAGCCGCCGGCCCGGCUAAUAAAGACUCUUAAAAUUCCAA